CCUAUUGUAAUUAUAGCAAGUGUAAUUAUAGUAGGAUGCCCUUGAUUAGUGGCAUGUACCAAGGCUGUGCGGUUGGCUUACAGCCACCCCAGCCUCAAUAUAUACCUGUGCCUUGACAUGGAAUAGAAUUAACCUUUCCACAUAUUUCCUACAUGGUAUCAAUCACGUAACGAUCCUGUUCUUCCGCACCCCACGCCGUCGCUGAUCCGAUCGCCGCGCCGCCGCAGAUUUCGUCGCCGGACGUCGCGAUCUCAUCGCCAGCACCUGCUUCCCGAGCCAAUCGCCCACACCUCGUGCUGCUCUCCUUGCCGGGUGUGGCCGCCGGUUCGCUCCCGAUCACCCGCCCCGUCGUUGACAUCGUCACCGGGCGCGGUCGCUGGUCCCGUCUGCCAUGGCGGACGACGACGACGCCACAGCUGCCCAGGCCGCCAAGGACAAGGAGGCCGCCGAUCGCCUCGCGGCCGAGGCCGCUGCCCGCCCAUCGUUCAUGCACCCUUGGGCUGGCAGCGUGCGCAUGUGGCCGUACGAUCCGUCAGGACGUCCUCCGCCGCCGCAACCUGCAUUCCACACAGCCCCGCACUAUGGUGGGUACAGUGCUCCUCCCGGUGCCUAUGGUGGCACAUACGCUGGCCCGCCACCCUCGUACAGCAUGUACCACGGGGGAGCUGCACCGCCGCUCUUCCAGGCGCCCUCGCCCUCACCAGCUUACCAGGCAGCGCCCUGGAACCCCACUCACGGCGGCUCUUGGCACCAGGACUCCCUGGCGCACUCCUUCAACACCAUGACGCUGAACCCGCCAACCUCUGAGUGGUACGCUGAUUCAGGUGCUGGUUCGCAUAUGACCUCGGACGCUGGAUUUGCAAACCAGGAACGUGAUCGCCAGGUGCAAUAGUUCUGGUGACCUCUACCCAUUCUAUGCACCUUCCACCAGUGCCUCCGCGUUCAUCGCUGCACCUACCUCCCUUUGGCAUCGCCGUCUCGGUCAUCUUGGGCGUGAUGUUUUGUCCAAACUCAUUAGGUCCAAUGUCAUUUCUUGUAAUAAAGAUGAUAUCGAUCACAUUUGUCAUGCGUGCCAGCUUGGCCGUCAUGUACGUCUACCCUUCGGUUCAUCUAGCUCUCGAGCUACUCAUAAUUUUGGUUUAAUACAUUGUGAUUUAUGGACCUCUCCACUUGUUAGUGUGUCAGGAUACAAAUAUUACCUUGUUAUUCUUGAUGACUGUUCACAUUAUCUUUGGACUUUUCCGCUUCGCCUUAAAUCCGAGACAUUUUCCACUCUCUCUAAUUUUUUUGCUCAUGUC